AUGGCAUCAAUGAUGGAUUCGAAACCAAAGAUGUCCACCGUUAGUGGACAUGGAGGAGAAUUAUAUUUAUUUUUGAUUGAUUUUGUAACCGGGAUUGAUGGAGUCAGUAAUAAUGUAAAAGAUAAUUGCAGACGAUUUCAUAAAUGUUUAACGGAUAUAUUCGACGCUCACGAAAUUGCAUUGGGACAGAUUCAAGAGAAGAAUCGUCUUGCCUUUCGAACCUACUUUGCAGGAAAAAAUUUUGAAUUGAAUAUGUCAAAUGAAAACAGUAUCGAAUGGAAAAAUUUUAUAAAAUAUUUACAUAAUGAGGUUCCAAAAUCCUACAGUGUUGAACAUUACGCUGAUGUUUAUCCACUGUUAUUGCACGUGAGUAGUAUUAGUGCUGGUAUCGUGUUCAAUUACUAUUACAGUUAUAUGAUUAAACAAGCACGUACAAAUAAUAUAUAUUUAAAAAUUACAUUUGAGCAAAAAAUCGUUAGUGAAAAGGAAUUUAUUCUUCCUAAAAACAUUCAAAUUCAAUUAGUCUCAGAAAUUGAAAGUUUUUACAUGCAUGAACAUAAAAUUCCAACAGAUAAAAAUAGAAGAAUUUUGAGUCCAAAUAAUACUGAGUCACGGUUGUUAACGUCGAAUAAACUCGAUAUGCACUAUGAUAAACUGGAGGAUGGCAAAGCAGUUUACGCGGCAACAGCUUUCAAUUUGGCAACAGGAAUUAGCGAUUUUGGAAGUCAAGUGCAAGAACUCUACGUAUGGUAUGGAUCUUCGAACGCUGGUAUUAAAAGUAUAUCCAUGCUAGAUGAUGUUCGUGAAUGGAACGAACAUUAUGUAGUGAAACGGUAAUUGUCAGUAGUAUAGCCUAAAAUCGAAAAGUAAUUGGAAAAAUGUCGAACAUUAUUUCUGCAUGUGUUCUAAUGUGCCAAGGAGUUUUACAUUUUUUCCUGGUAGAAACGGAAAAAGACAUACAAAACAAAAUGUUUCAUUACUAAGUUUGAGUGAGAAAACAUUGAAAUACCAAACAUCAUUAGAAAAACUUCCUAUUUAGAGCCUAAGAAAAUUUUAUCUUGAAAAUCAAAUAGAUGAGAAUGUAGCCAGCGCAGAAUCUCUCCGUUUAAAAAAGUUUCCAACUAAUUCAUUAACAGUGAGAGAAACAGUGCAUUAUUAUACUCAAUUAUGUUAGAAAACACUACUUUAGAGGAUAAAAGAUAGGAAAUGGUGCAAAUUUCGUUAUUCGUGGCUCAAAAUAUAUUAGUAAAAUUUAAAACGAAUAUGAAUUUGUAGACAGUUGAAUACUAUUUCAGAAAAUGUGUAUUAGCAAACGGAGGAAGAUCGUUCAGUAUCUGAAAAUUAUUAAUAAAGUUUAAUUAACUCUUUUUCCGAAACUAACAAAAAACUUGACAAUUUCUGGUUGAGAGUGGACAACAAAACAUAACGUAUCAUGUCCGAUUCGAAAGUGUGAUAAAAAUGCUUCUAGUUUCGAUAAUUAGUUAAUUGGAACGCAUUUUGUUAUAAGGCACGCGCAAUGCAAACUGACGGCAAAAUUUUUCGACUUGGGUUUUUGGCAAGGGGGAAACAGCAGAAUUCCAAGCAGCUGUGGACUUCUAGGCCUACAGAAACUUGGGAAGUCCUAUACAAACUUCCCAAAGCUCGAGAAACUGGAGGAAUCCCUGGGAAUACAAGAAAAAAUCGGAAAAAUGAAUUAGAAUCCGAUAAAAAUCUGUAAAAACGAAGGAAAAUGAAAAAACGAAGCGGAAAAAUUCAAAAACAGUCAGGAAAAUUCUGCGGGCUCAGCGAAAUCACGAAGAACACCAAGGAGUCUCCAGGAGUACAACAAAAUUUGAAAAAAAUUGAUUGCCUGUGGAACGGAGCCCAGAUUACAAAGCUCACAAAAUCUACUGUUUCUCCUUGGUUGUUGGGCAGAACAUUCAAAUUAUUUUUUUCUUAUUCAGCGUUGAAAACUAAUUCAAAAAAUAAUAUUAAAUUCAUUUUGUAGGUAAACGUUUGUCCACCAUGGACUUCUGAAAGGACCAAUGGAAAAUCGGGAUGAGUUAUUUUGUUGACUUAUCUAGUUUUUUGUGUUAAGGGAUGAAGCCGUCGUUUGCAUCUCAGUAGAUUCGCUGUAAGCCAGACUUUAAAAUAUGUCGUGCCUUUUUUAAAGUUUUAUUUCGUUGCUGAGAAAAUUCAUUUUUUCUAAACCAGAGGUGAACAAGUCGGAAUUCUGUCCGUAAUUCUCUAUUUUCUCUAUCAGAGCUCAACUUCCUUGUGGAAUAAAAAUAUCAUAUUUGGAGUCAGGAUCAAAAAAACGAAUCAACUGAUGUGUAUCUCUAUCCUAUCCGAUAACUUUAAUUUUUGUCGAACUUUCACGUUCAAAAUUUUUAUUCCACAUGGAAGUUGAGUACUGAUAGAGAAAAUUGAGAAUUAUGGACAGAAUUCCAACUUGUUCUGGUUUAGAAAAAAUGAAUUUUCUCAGCAGCGAAAUAACACUUUAAAAUAGGCACGACAUAUUUUAAAAUCUGGCUUACAGCGAAUCUACUGAGAUGCAAACGACGGCUUCAUCCCUUAACACAAAAACUAGAUAAGUCAACAAGAUAACUCAUCCCGAUUUUUCAUUGAUCCUUUUAGAAGUCCAUGGUGGACAGGCGUUUACCUACAAAAUGAAUUUAAUAUUAUUUUUUGAAUUAGUUUUCAACGCUGCCCAAGGAGAAAAAAAAUAUCGACUAUCGGGCGAUCUAGCUAGCUAACUCAAUAUACUACCCGAUAUACCUAGCUAGCAAUUCGAAUUGGGUUAUUUACUAUCGGGCGAUAUAGCUAGCUAACA